AUGGUUGGUGAUGUCUUGACUGAUGACUGGCGUGGCUGGACGAAAGAAGUUGCAGUGCGCAACGUCCGGAAUGUGAAGAUAUAUAAUGCCUUGGCAGUACUUAUCGCUCAGCACAAGAUCACAGCGUGCGAAGCACGUACUCGCCUGAAAAUGAAAACAAUAGCUGCUGAGAGAACAGACGCCCAAUUGAGAGACGAACAACUGGCUACCUCAACUGAUAAGCGAGACGAGCUGAUGAGGUAUGUUGACGCGGUGGGCUACCUGCUUGCUGGGACGAGUGUGUGGAGUGCUUCCUGCCCACGCUACAACGCCCACAGAAAGCUCGACGCUGUGCUGGACCAAGAACCUCAACACUGUGCUGUCGCCUGCGACGCUUCCGCAGAGUCCCGUGUGCUGGCCGCCUAG